AUGUCUUCCUCGGCCGUUCUAUCAAACGUCAAGAUGCUCCAGGAUGUUAUAUUCAUUGAGAUCGAUGGCGUAGAGUCAGCAUGGGACACUUAUUGUUUCGCCCUAGACAUUGAAUCUCCGAGACCAAAGGUACUGGUUUUUCGGAUCAAAGACCCGGCUGCAAGCAGCUCUGCAAUAUCGGAGGAACGUAUGAGUGUCAAGGAGGAAGUCAUUGGUGUCAAGAUUGAAGACCAGGACGUCGGCCUCAGUGAGCCAAGCACUCAGUGUGCCACAUCCCCAUGCCACCUACUUACCAGGCGCGCAGAUAACCCACGAGACCCAAAGGAUACUAGCGAGGUAUGGGGCUAUUGGGUUCGACCAUUCCCAAGCUCACGGAUCCCCGAGGUACAAGCAACCUUGGAGAGGAUCAGGAAUGGUCCACAGUGUUAA